AUGAACGCCUUCAAGCUACAGUGGCAAGGAUACCCCUCUAGAGACUUGCUCUUCGUCGCCGGAGACUGGAAUGCCAGGACUGGCCCGUGCGACGCAACCAUGAGGCUCAUCAUCGGAAAAUACGGACUGGGACAACGUUGCAACAACGGAGAACGAUUGGUAACAUCCGUUGAUUAUAACCAUUUUGACGUUACAGGCAAUGGUUUUCAACACCCUCAUUGGCAGUUGCUAAUGUGGUAUUCAAACGAUGGUCAAACGGCAAAUCACAUAGACUACAUCUUUGUACGCUCAAGGUGGGCAAUCUCAGUACCCGACAGCCGAUCGUUUCGAGGUGCAGGAGUUGGAUCAGACAGUGAACUUGCCCAUGCCCGCUGCAAGCUCCGCUUGUCGAGUCAAAGUAAGAGAUUGCCCACAAAACGUGUCAACGUUAUGGCACUAUCAAACACAGAAACCCGUGUAGCGUUCAACGAAAGUCUCACUGCACAGAUCUUAGAUCAAUCCACUGUUUUCAUCGAACCUCCAGAUAACGUCGAUAAUCCAAAUUCGCCCGAGCUCGCAACAACAGGUAGUACCGAGGAAGGACUGGGCCUCCACAACGACCCUCAAUCUCUCGGCUAA